AUGGAUAAUAAAUUAAGAAGUGUGGUUUAGUUUGCCCUCUAUAUUCUAUUAUUUUCCGUAAAAAAUACAAUGGAUUUUGAUUAAAGAAUAGAACAUAUUGUUUAUGUAUAAAUUUAAUAUGAUUAGGUAAUUUAUUUAGUAAGUUGUCUCCUAUCAUAUUAUUAUUUGUCAAAGUUUAUAAAGACUUAUUGUAACAAGUCAAACGAAAUGUAAGAAUAUAUUUAAAGAAUGAAGAUAGACAUUAACUAAGAUACUUUUAGUAACUUUGAUGUUAAAUUGUUUGCAAUUAGAAAAUUUAUUAGGAAUGAAAUUUUAUAAGGUUUAUCGAGAUAUUACUGAAUUAUUAAAUCAAACAAUACUAUUUUAUACUUGGUUGGUGAUGUUUGAAUAAAAUUAGAAAAAAGAAAAUAUUGAUUAAUAAGCAAUUAAACCAAUUACAAUAUUUAAAGUACUUUUUUGUUUUGGUUAUCCAAUAAAUUCAGGUUUAGAAAUUAUCAAUCGAAUAGUAAAUAUAUUUGAUUGAUUUUUUAGAUAUUUGAGAAGUAAAGAGAAUAUUAAGUGUCAUUGGGUUUAGAAUUAGUUUAUGGGAUAGUAUUUUUAGUAUAGUAUGGUGUUUAUAUAAAAUAAUAUCAGAUAAGAGAUGUGAAGAGUGGUAUAAAUUAUAAAUAGCAUGAUCCUUUUGAUGAGGAAUUAGCAGAUGGAAUUGAAAAUGAAAAUGAUAAGGAAAGAAUGAUUUAUGAUUAUUUUAGAUUCUCUGUAAUAGGAUGUUUAUGUCUUAUUAUUAAUACAAUAGUGAAAGUAUUAUAAUAAGAAAGAACGAAUAUAAGUUAUAUAAAGUAAACUGGAAUAAUUGUAGUAUAUGUAAUAUUCAUUUCAAAUUUAAUAAAAAUGGCAGAAGAAAAAUAGAUAGAACAUAAAAGUUUUUUAGAGUUAAGUAAUAAAGAAUCAAGAAGUGAUGAUCCCUUAUAAGUUUGA